UAGUUUGGAGACCCCUGCUUUAGUCCACUAUGGAGAGUGAAAGAUGGAUAAAGAAGGAGAUGGAGAGUUUUCCUUUACUAGUUUGCGUGGCUUUAAUGCAGAAAGAGUGAAAAUCUUAAUAAGUUAAACUAGAGGGGUUUCGGCUUGGUGUGCUCGAUAGUGACCCUCACUUGUCUCAGUGCAGACAUAAUUUGUCGGUUAACUCUUCUGGGUUUCUAUAACUUCAUUUUUCCGAAAAAGGAUUUACUAGGCAGAUGGAGAUUUUGUAAAAAAAAUGACUACACCUCUUAUCAUUCUCUUCAUUUCAUCGAUUGCCAUCGGUCUACUAAGCACUAUAUUUGUAGUGAUAAUAGUGUCUGUGGACAAUUGGGAAUACGUCAGCUUUAAUCAAGAAACUCUGCAAAAUAUCAAUAAAUCAUGCAGUUCACAGAACAGCCAGCCAUCUUGUCAAGUUGUCCAGAUUUCAGCAGACCCGAUCUUGUUUCAAUACGACGACUACAGAAAUAAAAAACAAAACAAUGACAGUAACUAUAUAUACUCUUACCAAAGUGGCCUAUGGAGAACUUGCGAUUGUCUUACAGACCAACUGAGAUACAAAUAUGUAAAGGCUUCUUCUUCUAACUUCGAUGGCCAAAAGUGUUUCACUUUUGUCACUGAUUACAACGAAGACUCAGACCUGUUAGCAUCAACGCCAGGCGCCAAACAAAUUGCACGACUGCACAAUUCAGCUGCAUCCUGUUACAUCGUUGUACUGAUUGAUCUAAGCUCGGCAACUGUUGUUGGAAUCAUUGGUCUCAUACAGAAACAGGUCGCUUCUUGCAUGGUCACUGGAGUCCUGUACCUCAUGGCGGCUUUGUUUGGAGUGUUUGGACUAUCAAUGUUUCACACGAAAGACUUUUAUGAGAAAUACCAUUGCUAUGGACUAGAGGAGAUACCCAGUAAACUGUGUGAGGCCAAGGAAGUGGAGCUAGGCUAUGCUGUACCCUUGGCUUGGCUGGCUGUCUUUACCUGUACUCUUUCAAGUCUUGUGUGGUUGUGUGUAUCGCGUGCACUGAGGGUUAUCAGAGCCAAGACAAUGCUGUAAUUCUUUACCGACUAAAUCAGUUGCUCAGGAACGCGAUCUAUUGGCCAAAUUACUCUCAACUUACCUGUGAACCAACCAUGAAUGGAGUGAACAUUCUUGAGUUAAAUAAAUGAUUAUUAUGACAUAUUUUAAGAGAGAAAUAAAAUGUGAAGAUGGGAUACAGCAAUCAUCUUCUAGAUGUCAAAAUACUGCAAAGUAGCUACAUGUUAAUUUACUGACAGCUGCGUAAAUGUCAAUAUGCUGACAGCUACCCAUAUAUCAAUAUAUUCACAGCUGUCUAUAUGUCAAUAAAAUGGCAUCCGCUUGACUGUAAGAUAACAUUAUGUGGAUAUAUGUUUGCCUGUAAUUCAGCUCUUAAGCUUUAAUUUGGUCACAUUAGUACAGCCUUAUUUAAUGAGAUUUAGGACAUUUUUAAAUUCUGAAAAUGUGUUUUUUUUAAGUUUUAUUCCAUGUUUAUUGCUUCUCAAACAUUCCAAAAUACUUUUGUACCAAUUUUUUUUUUAUCUCAAAUCAAUAAAAAGUGUUUUAGACUUUAAAAAGAGAGA